AUGAGAGAUACAGACACAGAAGACGAGCCCAGGUCAAGUUCUGCAUCGUCCCUUGGAAUUCCCAUCGACUCCUUGUCUAUAGAAAAUAUUUCCAGCAAGAAAAAAGAAGAGAAAAUCGAACUGGACUAUUCAAGGUCGAAAAGCAGAAGGGUUGAAUCUGGGAGUGAAUCAGAUGCAUCGAAAAACGACAUGUUUACUUUCAGAGAGAUUAGCAAAUUCUGCGCCAGAGCUCAUCACAGUUUCAAUGCUAAACCACACAUGACAAUGUCCUUCAGCGAGUGGUCUGGAAACGAAUAUUCGCUGCUGCUAUCCGACUUGCAAAGAGAAAAAGAAAACCUGGAAAAGAAACAAUCAGAAGCGAAGAUUCGCCCGUUUUCAAGCUCAAAGCUUCACACUCGCCGCUCAUCGAAAAAGCUAAAGUCGGCCCACUCGACACCAAAUGUCAACACCUAUCUUCGGAAAAACACAAGUUCGGGGACGAUUUCGGAAGGCAUGCCGUCUGGUUAUAAUGAUUUUAUGAGGAAGAAAGUUGCCCUCAGUGUUGCAGUACAGGAUAUACACUACCAAUUCCAGCACUUUCCGCAUACAAACAGCCAUAUUGGACAUUACAGGGACACAGUAACAAGAAAAAUCAUCAGCGUCGCGAUGGAGCAACAGUCUCCCAGUGUUUUGAAUGCAUCCCCUAAACGGCUCACCUCCGCUCUUUCGGAGAUUCCUGGAAGCCUGAAACUCCUGGAUCGGAAGGCGGAAGUGUUAGAGCCAGUGGCGAACGCUGCGAAGCCACUACAGGUGAACUUUACGGCUAAGAAAGAAGGGAACUCGCCUGGGAAAGGAAAGAAGAAGAAGUCAGGGACGCGUAAAGGUCGUGAACGUGUGUUGGGAAAGUGCUCAACCGGAGCAACCAGAGAAGCUAAAGCAGUCCUGGGUGCUCAACUCGACUUCGUCUUCCUCAAGGGACACCGAUCUGAAAAGCACAAAAAAGGGAAAGAGCCACGACUCGAACCUUGUACCAGAAAGAUUUCUCAACCACCGUCAAGAAAUCAGGAAGCUCCUCCAAAAUCUCAACCGAAGAACUUCCCCGAGCAUCCAGAACAUUCGAGCGGUUACUUUAAACCUAGAGGUAUCCAACAAAAAAGGCCAGUUAGGGACCCUCCUCCGGUAGAAAGACCGCUCGAUUUUGGCGAUUUGGUUCAGACAACUUCCUUACUACGAAAGGUUUCAGAUGUUAAAUUGCCACCGCUUCGUCCAAAUCUUUAG